UGUCACAUGAAAAUCGCGUGACGGUCGCCUCAGACGUCGUUUCCAUUUUGUCGGCGUCAGUUACAGUCGUCGUCAUCAAAAUGCCGACGAAGUCACUUGGAGACUUCGUACAGUGUCCUGUAUGCAGGACCAGCCACGCCCCCACCAACGGAGCACUGAAGGAUGGCGUGUAUGCUUCGACCUGUGAAAACUGUGGCCACUUCUUCAAGUUCAAGGUCACAGGUCACCUCAAGUCCUCUGUCACCUUCACCAUAAACAACAAGUCCUUCACAGUUGGAAACGAGUAUGCUGCAGCCCUGUCCCUGAAUGAGUUCAUGAGGUCCCAGGGCGUGUCCUAUGGCACCAAGGUGAUGUGUAUGGAGGGAGGGUGUGGCGUGUGCCUCGUCACUACCACACUGUAUGAUCCCAUCACAAAGGCCGUGCAGACCUACACAGUCAACUCGUGCUUGGUUCCUCUCUAUACGUGUGAAGGCAUGCAAGUGACAACCAUCGAGGGUCUGGGCAACCCCAGGGAUGGCCUACACCCGAUACAAGACCGUCUGGCACAGUACAAUGGCUCUCAGUGUGGCUUCUGUAGCCCCGCCCAGGUCAUGAAUAUGUAUGGGCUACUGAAGAGGACCCCCAAACCCACCAUGCAGGAAGUAGAAAACGCCUAUGACACGACUGUCUGCCGGUGUACAGGUUACAGACCUAUUCUGGACGCGAUGAAGUCCUUUGCUGCUGAUGCUGCGCCAAAUCUUCCUGGAGGCACCAUUGACAUAGAGGAACUGGACAAGAAGAUAUGCAGCAAAACCGGGAAGACCUGCACAGGACGCUGUUCAUCUGAGAGACAGACUGACUUGGAGCAGGUGCCCCUCCACAUUGUGCUGCAGGGGUCACAGUGGUACAAACCCACCACCAGGCAGCAGCUCUACGCCCUCCUCGACCAACACAAGGGAGACAACUACAGGCUCGUUUUCGGGAAUUCAGGAUUCGGUGUGUAUAAGGAGAUCGGACCGUGGAUGUAUGAUGUCCUCAUCGACCUGCGUGGCAUCCAGGACUUCUAUAACAUUGCAGUGGACGCCUCCAAGGUGACGCUUGGUUCCAGCAUCACCCUGACAAACAUGAUUGAGGUCUUCAAGGAAAACAGCAAGAACCCUGGUUUGUCCUAUUUCCGGGACUUCGCUAACAGGGUUUCUGUCAUUGCUAAUUCUGGAGUCAGAAAUUUGGGCAGCUGGGCCGGGAACCUGAUGCUGAAGAACCUCCACACUGAGUUCCCGUCUGAUGUCUUCACCAUGUUCGAGACAGUCGGAGCUACACUGACCAUUGGAUCGAGUGAUGGCACAGAGAAGUCAUACAGUCUCAUGGAGUUCCUGAACCUAGACAUGAAGGGGAAGGUCAUCUUGUCUGUCCUGCUUCCAACAUUUCCAUCUGGAGAUGUGUUUGUCAAGACCUUCAAGGUUUCCCAAAGAGAACAGGACUCCCACGCCUAUGUGACAGCAGGCUUCAGAAUGCAGCUGGACAGAAGUAACAACUUCCUGGUCAAGACAAAACCAUCCCUGGUGUACGGUGGUGUCAACAAGACGUUGGUCCACGCCAGCAACACAGAGACGUUUCUACAAGGAAAACAACUGGGUGACUCUUCAGUCCUCAAAAGUGCUGUAACGACUCUGUCGGCCGAGCUGGUCCCCGACACCACCCCUGACUUGUCCAGUCCAACCUACAGGAAAAGCCUGGCCAUGUCUCUGUUCUAUAAGUGCGUGCUCGGCAUGUGUGGUGAGAAAGCAGCGGCAAGAUUCCAGAGUGGAGGUACCAGCUUGAUACGGCCUGUGUCUUCAGGCACUCAGACCUAUGGCAGUCGUGAAGAUGAAUACCCUUUGACUAAACCAAUGACCAAGGUGGAUGCAACCCUACAGACAUCCGGAAGAGUUAGGUUCAUCAACGACGUUCCUCCUGUCCCAGAGGAACUGUGCGCCUCAUUCGUCAUCAGCAGCGUCGGCAACGCCGAUAUCAACAAAGUGGACCCAUCUGUUGCCCUGAGUUAUCCUGGAGUCCUACGGUACAUCUCUGCAGCAGACGUACCAAAGGGGGGCAGCAAUAAUUUCAGCUACUCACCAACCAACAUUGAGGAGUUGUUCUGCAGUGGGAAGGUUGUCUACAGUGGUCAACCCAUUGGUAUCAUCGUUGCAGUUGACAAGCUUUCAGCAGACAUCGCAGCCAGCAUGGUGAAGGUUACCUACAAGAACGUCCAGCCUCCCAUCAUUACAAUGGAAGAUGCUAUUCAGAAGAAAUCCAUAUUUCCAAAUGUUGCCCAGGAAUUGAAAGUUGGUGAUGCUGCAGCGGCAAUAGCUAGCGCUGACAAGAAGAUCUCAGGUCGAAUUAAGAUGGGACAACAGUAUCAUUUCCAUUUGGAGACACAGAUUAGCAUCUGCUAUCCUGACGAAGAUGGGGUAGGCGUGAGUCUUCUCUCCUCUACACAGUGGCCAGACUUUGAACAAGUGGUCGUAUCCAGAGUCCUCAACAUACCAGAAAGCAGUGUCAACCUGACCGUAAAACGCCUCGGGGGAUCCUUUGGGGCCAAAAUAUCACGUGGAUUUCUACCUGCGUGUGCUGCUGCUGUUGCCACAUACGUCACGAGGAGACCUGUCCGCCUGUCUAUGAACUUCCAUACCAACAUAAAGACAGUUGGGAAACGUUUUCCCUACCUGGCGGAUUACACAGUCGGGGUGUCCAAUGAUGGGAAACUGAAGGGCAUUCAGAUGAACGUGUACUCAGACUGUGGCUCGUCCUCUAAUGACAAUGGAUUCGAAGGUUACACUUUAUGCAUUGAUAACGCAUACUACUGUCCAACGUGGGAUUUUAAGCCUGUCGCCCUGAAGACCAAUCUCGCGUCCAACACCCCCUGUCGAGGUCCAGGAUCGUGUCCUUCAAUCUUCAUCAUGGAGUCAGUUAUGGAAGACGUCGCCAAAGUCUUGAAUAUAGAUCCAAUGGAGUUCAGGAAACUAAACCUUUUCGAAAACGGACAGACAACAGCCCGUGGAAUGGUUCUGAAAUACUGCACCAUCAACAACAUUGUGUCUCAACUGGAGACGUCAGCCGAUGUACAGAAUAGAAAACAACAGAUUGCUGCUUUCAACCAGGAUAACAGAUGGAAGAAGAAGGGCAUUUCGGUGAUGCCUCUCCGCUUCGAGGUGAACUUCACUCACGCCCAUCAAAAUGUCUAUGUGACGAUAUUUCACGCCGAUGGAUCCGUUGCCAUAGCGAUCGGCGGUGUCGAGAAUGGACAGGGAAUCAACACAAAGAUGAAGCAAGUCUGUGCCUAUGAGCUUGGCAUCCCCAUGGACAUCAUCAGGGUCAAGCCGACUACAUUACUGACCAACUCCAACUCCAUGGCCACAGGGGGCAGUAUCACCAGCGACGUGAACGCAUUGGGAGUCACGCAAUGCUGUCAACAGUUAAAGACCAGAAUGGCACCAGUCAAAGCCAAAAUGGUCAAUCCUACCUGGCCGCAACUCGUUGCGCAGUGCUUUGCCGAAGGAGUGGACUUGUCAGCCAGCAGCUUUACUUUCCCAUCUGGGGACUUUUGUGACUACAACGUCUACGGUGCAUCGUGCACAGAGGUCGAAGUGGACGUUCUGACUGGGGAGAAUCAGAUAAAUAGAGUGGACAUCCUGUAUGACUGUGGAGAGAGCAUGAAUCCUGAGAUCGACAUUGGACAAGCUGAGGGUGGGUUUGUGAUGGGUCUGGGGUACUGGCUGACCGAACAGAUGAUCUUUGACCCUACGACUGGCACCGCCCUGACUGAUGGAACAUGGAAUUACAAGCCCCCACUAGGAAAGGACAUUCCUAUUGACUUCCGUAUCCAGUUCCUCAAGAAUGCUCCCAACCCACGUGGAGUCCUGAGGGCCAAAGCUGUAGGCGAGCCGCCCCUGUGCAUGGCUGCAUCAGCGUUGUUUGCCGUAAAACAUGCCAUCGAGGCUGCCAGAAAGGAAAUAUCGAAGGACGUAUUCUUCCCAUUGGAUGGUCCAGCCACGGUGGAAGCUAUUCAGACAGCAUGUCAAGUUGACAGCUCACAGUUUGUGUAUGGGACAUAGUUACACAUGUCCAUCAGCAGACCACAGGGCCUUGUUCAUCUGAUGUAGGACGCGCUCAAAAGGAGUGUGGAGCCAGGAGGGCUAUGUGAAGCUUCAGAGGAGGACUGUGGGAACGUACCUAUGAGCUAUAUUUAUCUGCCAUCCACGAUGACUGGCAGCCGACGUGUGGAGCUCAUAUGUGCCUACCAUAUGAUACAG